AUGGCUGGCAUGCCCUUCGGCAGCCCGCCGGUCGUUUCCACCAGGCGCCUAUCGCCGCAGACGGCUGUGGCAUCCUCGCGCCCUUGCGGCAGCUACCCGGGGUCGUUCGAGGAUCCGCCGCGCGGCCCCAGGCGGGGCAGCCUGGAGCAGGCCAGCAACAUCAUCGGCUUCUCCGCCCGUCUGCGCGUGUCUGGAGAUUUUGAGGCGCCUGGCGGUAGCUUCUCAGCCUCCUCGGCGCGGGGCGGGGAUGCAGGCGAGCGCCUUGUGAGCGAGUUGGCGCACCAGGGUGGCCGCGGCGGCAGGGGCCUGCUGAGCCGCGAGCUGUCUGACGGCGGCGUGGCGGAGGAGGCGCCCGGGGUGGGAGACGAGCUUGGCCAGAUCGUGGGCUUUCCGGGUGGGGCCUCGCUGCGCCCCGUGCGCCGCGGCAUGGGCAGCGGAUGGGACCUGUCGCGGCUGCAGGAGGAGUAUGCCGUGUUCUCAAGCGACCUGGUGGUUGCGGCGUACCAACUUGCUGGGGAGGCCCACCAGGGACAGUGGCGCAAGAAUGGCGAGCCUGUGCUGGCUCACUGCGUUGAAACUGCAAAGAUCUUGGCGCAGCUGAAUGCUGACGAGACAACGGUUGCUGCAGCCAUGCUGCACGAUGUGCUGGAUGACACAUCGGUUACACCCCGGCAGCUGGGAGCAUGCACAGGGGGCGAUGUGCGCGAUCUGGUGGCGAAGGUGGGCAACGUGAGCCGGCUGAGUCAGCUGGUGCGAGACAGCCAAGCCACCCUGGAGGAGGUGGACUACUCCAAACUGAAGGACAUGCUGGUGGCUGUCAGCGAUGCUCGUGUGGUACUCAUCAAGCUGGCGGACAGGCUGCACAACAUGCGUACCCUGUCGGCCCUGCCCAAGCCAAAGCAGCUGGGCGUCGCGAAUGAGACACUGCGCGUAUUUGUGCCCUUGGCUGAGCGGCUGAAUGCAUGGACACUGAAGUCGGAGCUGGAGGAUCUGGCAUUCGGAGUGCUGGAGCCUGAUAGGGUGGCAGCCCUGAAGACUGAGUAUGACGAGGUGGUGAGGAGCCGGCAGGACACUGAGCUGGGUAAGGCCCUGGAGCGCCUAAUGGCUGCAUUGGAUGAGGAUGGCAUCGAGUGGCAGGACAUCUCGGGCCGCCCAAAGAGCCUGUAUGGUGUGGCCAAGAAGAUGGAGCGUAAGGGGUACGAGCAUGUGGCGGAGGUGCCCGACCUGCUAGCGCUGCGGGUGGUCGUUAAGAGCAAGGUGGACUGCUACGCAGUGUUGCGUAAAGUACAGCAGCUGUGGAAGUCGGUGCCAGGCAGGCUGAAGGACUACAUCAGGACGCCAAAGGCCAAUGGGUACCAGUCGAUUCACGAGGACGUGUCCACCCCUGAUGGCGCAACCUUUGAGGUGCAGAUCCGCACAGACAAGAUGCACUACAUCGCCGAGCACGGCCUCGCCGCCCAUUGGCGCUACAAGGAGGAGGACGCAACGGGCGGCGAGGUGAGUGCCUUUGUGGCCGCGCGCACACUCUGGUCUCAGUAUGUGCUAGGCUGGGUGCUCGAAGUUAACGACAAGAAGCUUCGACCCCGGGGCUGCGGGUCUCCGGAAGGUUCGAUCUGGAAAGCUGGCGACACAUUUGCGGAUAUGGAUGGACGGAGGACAAAUGGCGGUCAGGGUUGUCGGCACCAUGCGCAGCCCCCACCCCGCCCCGUGAUGGAAGACGAGUUCUGGGAACCCUUGUUCGUGGCGGUGGGGGGCGUGGGGGGGCUGAGGAUCUGCCAGCUGAGCCGGGGCUGUACUUUGGGGCAGUACAUGCUGACACGGGUGGGCAGGGGCUGGGCCUCAGGGCCCCUGGGGAUGCCCACAGUCAACGGGGAAGCGGUGUCCGCAGGCUACGUGCUGCGCUUUGGGGACGUGCUGGAGUUUGGGGACCAGGGGAAUCGGCGGGAAGGCCUGGAUGUGUAUUCGAUGUCAGGUAUUGCGAACCUGAAUUUGGGCAAGGAUGUGGGUGCAAUCGGGUCUAUGGGGGGCAGCGACACGCCCAGGGAAGCCGUUGCUGGAUGA